GACAUGCAGUCAAUCAACCGAUUUCUCUAUGGGCCCACACCGGAAGAACGCGUCCGCGCUUGGCAGGCGAAGUUGCGGCAGGAGACCCGCCUCCUCGACCGGGAGAUGAGGCAGCUCGACGUCUCGUCAGCCAAGGCCAAGCAGAGCGUAAAGCAGCUCGCGAAUAAGGGCGAUGUCAAGUCUGCAAAGAUCCUUGCGCGCGAAAUCGUGCGGUGUAACAAGCAGAAGGACCGGCUGUCCGUCAGCAAAGCGCGUUUAGGAUCUAUAGGGCAGCAAUUACAGCAACAGCUGGCUAUGGCGAAGGUGACCGGAACGCUACAGAAGUCGACGGAGAUCAUGAAGAUGUCGAAUUCGUUAGUGAAGCUCCCGCAGAUCAGCCAGUCGAUGCGAGAGAUGAGCAUGGAAAUGACGAAGGCGGGUAUCAUGGAAGAGAUGCUGGACGAUGUCAUGGACAUGGAGGAGGAUGAGGAGUUGGAAGAGGAAGCCGACGAAGAGGUUGACAAGGUUCUCUUCGACAUCACGAAUGGGAAACUGGGGCAAGCGGGCGCGGUGGGGACAGAGCUACCGGCGGCGGAGAACAAGGAAGAAGAGGAAGAGGCAGAACUCGAGAAGUACCGCCAACAGCUUUCCGGCUUGCUCAGUGGGUAAUUUACAGUGAACUAUACGCUUUUCUGCUGAAGUUCCUAUUUCGUGUACUUUGGGUUGACAUUCGGAAUUCUUAUUCAAUCGCUUGCCGGCC